GGAGGUGCCAGUUAAAGGACCCUCCUGUUUCCCUUCUGGUCCUGCCUGGGCGUCUCACCCAGGGCUGCCCAACUUUGGCCCCAUUCAGGCUUCUGGGCUUCAAACUCUGGCUGGGGAAUUCUGGGAGUUGAAGUCCACAACAACGUAGCCAGGGUUGGACACCCUUGGUCCAAAAGAAGGGAGAUUAACCUUUAAUUAGAAGCCACUAAAAAAACGCCAGUGAAACCAGCUCUUCUAGGGGAAAUGAGUCUCCUUUGAGCUUGUGCUUCUCUGGGCCCACCGUUGAGGUGUCUGUGUGGGAGUGGAAACAGGCUGGGGCAUGCCCUGCUGGGUCUCUGGAAGGGCCCCUGCAGUCCCUGGAUGCACCCCUGGGACCCUCCCUCCCUGCGUGCCCUCAAAGGGGCCCUCCCCACCCCAGAAAUCUGGCAGGAAACUGCUAGGGUCCCUGUUGCUCUCCUGCAGGCUUGCAAAAAUGUUGGAGGGCCUUUGGGGCACCGGAGAGGAAGAGGAGGAGGAGGAGGAGGAGGUGACAGGAGCUCCCUCAGCCCAGACAGGGGACCCACCUCCCGCAGGAAGGGAUCCGGUGGGGCAGAGUGUGGGUGCUGGCUGCCGGACGCUCUGCCACCCGUCCUUCCAGGCCUUCUACUCGGCCAUCUUGGGCUGCUCCCGGCACCCCCCUUCGGAAGGCCCAGCAGGGGAAGCAGGACCCCCACCCUUCCUGGACUGCAGCAGUUUCUUCUACAUGGACCCCAGCCAGCCCCCCGGAUCCCGGAUCUACAACCGGCUCUCCUGCUGUUCUCUGGAAGUCCUCCACCGGCUGCCUCUGGACACCCCGGCCCCCAUCAUGGCCCCCCGGGAGACCCCUCCCACUCCCGGCCUCGGCACCAGGAGACGCUGGCUCUCCAGCCAAGAGCUGAAAGCCGUCUCUGCCCUCCUAGAACUGCCGGCAGCAGCAGCACAAGCUGGACCCCAGGCUGACAGGGGGGCCGAGCAGGGGGGCCCUUAAGAGCCCCUGGGACGGACGGACACACACCCACACACACUUUCUGCGUUGUGUCCUUUCUUACUGUCCAACGGUUGCAACUUUUAAGACUUGUGGGCUUCAACUCCCAGAAUUCCCCAGCCGGCUCUUCCCCCGUCCCCCACUUUGCUGAAGUCAAGAUAUAUUAUGUCGACCGCAUUCCCACUGUCCAUUAAGAAGGUCAAAAAUGGGAUAAACGCUCCGGCUACAUUGGUUCUCCCCUCAUCCAUGCUGAAUUCUGGUCAACCUUUGCUGCUGGGGGAUGCUGGGAGUUGAAGUCCACAAAUCUUAAAAGGGGCCACGGUCUGUUUUGGGGAACCGAACCGCCCCCUGGGCUUCACGGACAGUUAAAUAAAGUUAAAAGUUCCCUCCUUCCAGGUCUUUGCUCUUCUCCCAGGAGAGAUUCGGCCCGGACUGACUAUGGCCUGGCCAACUCAUGGGGCUGGGCCUCCCUCCCCACUAUUGGGGGGUGGGGUGGGGUUGAGGGCUUACAGGGGGCCCUGGAGAGGACACACAUCCCAUUCUGGGCCAAGUUGCAGCUCUAGUCGUCCCCCCGCCAUCCCAAGAGAGUUUUGUCGGGGCCUCUCUCCCACUUUCUCCUCACCCUCAUCCCCUCUGGCCCCACUGGAAAUUCAAGAGCAUUUAACCAGGGCUGUCCAAACUUGGUGGCUGGGGAAUUCUGGGAGUUGAAGUCCCCAAGUCUUAAAAGUUCCCAAGUUUGGACAGCCCUGAUUUAAAACUUUGGGAACCCCACAAGCGCCUGGAAAUUGGAGCAUGGGGGAGGAGGGCAGGCCGUGGGUCCCUGAACAGCCCCCCAAAGUCCCCCCCCUGGAGCUGCUCCCCUUGAAAGCAAGAUUGGGGUGGGUUACCAGCUGGGGACCCUUGAUGAACUAAAUCACGGCUUCUCCCUUCUGCCCCACGGAUUCGGGGGCCCCUCCCCUGCUUGCUGGAGGCCCAGGGGCCACACCCAUCCCGCUGCUGCCGAGGGUGGGCGAGGGGUGGGGGAGAAAAGCUCCGUGGGGCCAGCGGUGUCUCGGGGGGUCUCUUUAUUCCAUUAUGUCCCUCUGCGGCUCCUCCGUCUCCUCUCCAGGCGGCGAAGGUGGUGCCAGGUCUUCGCCAUCACGGCAUCCAACAGGUGCAGCGCGUCAAUCAAGGCGGCUUCCUCUGGGUCGACGCACCGGGCUGCCUCCUCCUCCUCCUUCCCUGGGUUCUGAGGAGGAAGAAGAGGCUGGGGCUGAGGAAGGAGCAGGGCCCCCUGCCUGGCCUUUCCCCCAGGGACGCCUGACAGCAGUCUUUCUCAACCUUGGCCAACUUGAAGUCCACCGGACUUCAAGCUGGCCAAGGUUGAGAAAGACUGCCUUAUGGUCUUCCAGGCCACCCUGAGAAUUUGGGGAGGGGGUGGCAGGGUGCCACGUACUUCACGCGCCUUCAUCAUGGCUUGAUGGGACCCUUUUAACUGGGCCGAAGCAGCCAGGAGGGUCUCAAGAGUUGGGCAGAGAGAGAGAGAGAAAUGCAGAAGAGGUUGAGAGAGGAUCCUUGUGGCUGGGAGUUCCACCGGCCGGUUUUGCUUUGAGGGCUGCAAGAGCUGAAGAGGCGGGAGGUUUGCGGGAGGGGGGGAGCCUCUUCUUGGGGGCCUGAGCUGAACCUCCCCCCUUUCUCGGUUGCAUGGGGAGGGGGGGGGCUCCUGCCCCUGCGGCAGUGGUGGUCUAAAUCUUUUUACUACCAGAUCUGUGGGCGGGGCUUGGCAGAGGUCAUGUGACUGGCUGGGCAGGGCUAUGUAGUCAUGUAACGGGGGGGGGGGAUCAAAAUACAGACUUUUAACAAUGCCCUGCUGGAGCAGGGUUGGGCUAGAUGACCUCCAGGUGCAU